CGCUCUGCGCGCCGCGCGCCGUGCCGCAGCCGCACCGCACCGCACGGCACUCCACACCGGACCGGGGACCGGCACUGCACGCGUAGCAGAGGGUACGGAGUACGGACGGGACGGACGGUACGGGCACCGCGUCGUGGCAUCGCGUUCAUCGAGCUAGAGCCUUAUUGGCAGAAUCAGCAGCAUCAUGAGCGGAACGGCGUCGUCGCGCGCCCUCCGCGUCGUCAUCGCCGUCCUCGGCGUGCUCGUGGUAGCCGCCGAGCCCCACCGCCAUCACCAGGACCGCGAGCGCGAGCACGGCCGCCUCGCGGACCUCGCCCCGGAGGUGCUCCAGGAGCUCCCCGAGGAAGUGGUGCGCGCCGAGCAGGACCAGGAGUGCGCCGCCGACGUCGCCGGGGAGUCCGUGAUGGUCGCGCGCUGCAGGGCCACCUGCCUAGAGAAGUUCGCCGCGCCCUCCGAGGGCGGCCCGGACUGCGCUUCCCGGAGCGACGACUGCAUGAUGUGCUGGGACCAUUGCGGGCGGCUGAAGCGGGGCCCGGAGACUCUGGCGAGCGUCUGCAAGGAUUCGUAUCUCUGUUGGUUGGGCUGCCGCACGGCGUGCGACUUCUACUUCCCGCACGGCCUCCGGACGGACUCGGACGCGGGGGAGGACGGGCGAUGGAGCCUGCGCCCCACCAAGGAGGCCUCCCGGUCGACUCCGAUCCGCGCGCUGCCGCCACCCCGCUUCGACGCCGACGGGCUGACGCUGAGGUGGAGGCAGCCCCCGCAGACGGGCGGCGCCGUCAACGCAUCAUCGACUGUGGCGAUGGCGACGGGCCCGAGCACCACGACCUCCACGAUGACGCCCGUGUCGGCAGGCGAGGACGGCGCAGCUCUGGACGCCACCGUCGAAGCGGGGCAGUCGGCUGAGGACGCUUCGAAGGAGAUGGAGACGGAGGACGAGGAGGUGGACUCCAGGGCCGAGCAGCCGUCGCCAUCGCCGGCAUCGCAGGCACGUCCGCCGCACAAGCACGUCGUGUUCAUCGUGAGUGCCAGGAUGGCGCCGUCCUUGGCGUGGAAGGAGCUCAAACAGACUGUGGACAACUGGCUGGAGCUGAGCGAGUCCCCGAGGGCGGCUAUGCGCGCCGUCUCCGUGCUGGCCGUGUCCGCCGACGGGCCGGUGGCGCGGGCCUCCACCUGCGUCAGCCCCCCGGCCUCGGCCCAGCACCACCAGGACGCCAGCCAGGAGGAGACCGACUACUACGACGAGGACAACUCCAGUGACGAGGACGACGAGUCCGAGGACGAUGCCGGAUCCACCGCGGAUGCGACCCCAGACAACUCGCUGCGUCGCUUCUCGUUCGACCAACUCCGAGGAACCGUGCAGCAUGGCGUCCUGCUGCGCGCGCUGCUCAAGGACCGCACCACCGCCAAGCACCUCGUCGAGGACGCCGCCCAGGAGGACGAGGCUGACGAGGCCGACGACGAAGGGGACGAGGACGACGAGGACGUGCUUCUGGACCGGAGACGUCUCGACCUCGUGAAGCGCCUGCUCGGCGCAGACCGCGGCCACGGUCGCGGCCGUGGCGGUGCCAGGGGUCGCGGUGGCAAGGUUCCCGCCGGCUGGGGCUUGCACCUGGUGGGCGUGUGGGCGGCGGGCGGCGGCGCGCGCCUGCCGAGGGCCAGGGUGUCGUGGACGGCGCCGCGGGGCGUGGCCGAGACCCUCGUCAACUGGGCCGUGCCGGCGCUGCGCAUCUCGGGGUCCCGGGUCGUGAGCGGCGUGUCCCAGGCCGAGGUGCCGCUCGUGGAGCAGCACGCCACCAGGGUGACGGUCGGGGACGCCCACUCCAACGACGUGUCGCCCGCCCUCGUCCUGCAGCUCUCUGUCCAGACGGACUCGGCCGCCGGCGCCGAGGCCGGCGUGCUGGACGUGCCCGCGCCCAUCUCGGAGGCGCCCGAGCAGCUCGCCGUGGAGGUCGCGCCGAGGACGCCGUCGUACGAGCGGGCCGCGCUGUGGGAGGCGACGCUGGUGGCCGUGGGGCUGGUCGUGGGCGCCGCGGCGCUGUGCGUGGCGCUGCUGCUCGCGGCCUACGGCGUGCACAGCCGCGUGGCGCGCUGCUGCAGGGGCCGCGGCCACGGCAUCCACGCCGGCAUGUCCGGCAUCCACGCCAAGUCGGCCUCCGUGGAGCCUCUCAACGCGCCGGACCAAAACAAUGCGUGAUUCACGGACUGAUGACACUUUGAAAAUGUAUUGACAAAAGGCGCGCCAGCCUCACACUGAUUCCAUGUCGACUAGAGCUAGAAGUUUAUAAUUUACUUUCGGAGGCAUGUUAUGGUUAAUGUUUACGAGGGAUUGCAAAAGUCAAAAGUUACAGACGAUUGAUGUUCGGUGUCUUCCCAAAAAGUAUGUGCCAUGAUGUAAUUUUUCCUAUAUCGAUUUUGUACAUAUAUGUUGCGAAUGCAGUUUGAGGUGCAUAUAUGUCGUUAAUUAAGUUGUAAUAUACCUGCUGUAAGUACAAUUUACAUUCUUCUCAUGACAGUAUUAUGAGUUAUUUUCCCUGCAAUGCCUUGUAUAGUGUAAUCUAAGGAGUUACCAAAGACAUUAUUGUUGUAUUAUUUUUAUUUCAACUUGUACAGAAAAUGUAUAUAUUUAUGUAUGUUAAAAGACUGAAUAGCUAUAUUUUUGAGACUCCACUGCUUGGCUCGUAGAUUUUGUAGUGUAAAUAUCAAACGUCGCCUUCAUAGUUAGCCCUGUUGGUGGUUAUAACUUGAGUGUAAAAUAUUAAAUUUCAAACUGGAUUUGAAGUUUUUCCUGACGGACAACAUGAAAUUGAAUUGGUUUUGUUGAGUGUCUUGCAUAUAUGUUUUAAAACAAAUUAACUAAACUGUAUGGCUGUUCCUGUGUUUUGAAGUUAGUUAUUACUAUGUUAAUAAAUACUAUUUGUUCCAAAAUAAGA